GCGGAAGUGGGGGAGGAAGAAGAGGGAUGAGGAGGAGGGAGUUGGAAGGGGAAGAGGAAGGGGGCAGAAGUCAGAAGAAGAGGGGGAGGAGAGAGAGGAAGAAGAGUAAGAGGAGGUGGAAGGCAGACAAGGGGAGGAGGAGGAGGGCGGGGAGGAGCUUCGCCGCGGCCUGCUCCGCCCAGCCAGGUUCCGUGGCCACAUGGCUUCGGUCUCCUCUGCGACCUUGGGCCACGGGGCUCGGUCCCUACUGCAGUUCCUGCGGCUGGUGGGGCUGCUCAAGAGAGUCCCACGGACUGGCUGGGUAUACAGAAAUGUCCAGAGGCCGGAGAGCGUGUCAGAUCACAUGUACCGGAUGGCAGUUAUGGCUAUGGUGAUCAAAGAUGACCGUCUUAACAAAGACCGAUGUGUACGCCUAGCCCUCGUUCAUGAUAUGGCAGAAUGCAUCGUUGGGGACAUAGCACCAGCAGAUAACAUCCCCAAGGAAGAAAAACAUAGGCGAGAAGAGGAAGCUAUGAAACAGAUAACCCAACUACUACCAGAGGGCCUCAGAAAGGAGCUCUAUGAACUUUGGGAAGAGUACGAGACCCAAUCUAGUGCAGAAGCCAAAUUUGUGAAGCAGCUAGACCAGUGUGAGAUGAUUCUUCAAGCAUCUGAAUAUGAAGACCUUGAACACAAACCUGGAAGUCUGCAAGACUUCUAUGAUUCCACAGCAGGAAAAUUCAAUCACCCUGAGAUAGUCCAGCUUGUUUCUGAACUUGAGGCAGAAAGAAACGCUAACAUAGCUGCAGCUGCCAGUGAGCCACACUCCUGAGACACUCUCUAAAUUGCUGCACUCCUGUAAAAAACAUUAUUUUUCCAUUUCAUUGUAUUGUGUUUUGCCAUUGUUGGUCUGUUGAUUUCCCUAGAUGUGAGUCUGUUUGUUUUCAGUUGUCUGGACUUCAGCAAGAAAUGUGAUAUAACUUGGGCACUAAAGCCACAGAACAGGAAGCGGUUAUGAAAGUGCCAUGGAUGAAGACUGGAGGGGGCAGUGCCUGUUUAUGAACUAAAUAAAUAAAUAUUAAACACCUAAAA